UCCCAUUAUCAGUUGAACUUUUAGCAUGGUAAGUCCCCUAUCUCCGGUAGAUUCUUUCCUAACCCAACUGGAAAACUCAGAGUCAAUUCAUAGAUCUCACUCAUUCUCUUAACGUAUCCAUUUAUUGUACUUUCAGGCACAUUGUCUCAUUGCAUCAUCUCUAAUUUUAACCACUAACUUACGUAAGACAGAUCUCUAAAACUACAGUUCGUGUAGUAACAAAGAAAGAAGAAGAUGGGAUCCAGUCAAUCUGUACAAGUUGUAGAAGAAGAGAGCGAAGAAGAAGAAGACGACGAUGAAGAAGAUGACAAUGACAAUCCUAACCGUAGAGAAUUGUUAGAUAAUCGUUUAGUCAAAAAGGUUCUUGAACAAGAACCGGAAAUCUUACCCUGCCACGCGUCCGCAUCUCCGUUAUCUCCGCAGCUGUCCUCGCUGGGAACGCCCAGGUUGGGUCCUUCGAUUAAAGUUUGGGACCCGUACAAUGUUCUGGCCCCGCCGCCGCCGCUGCCGACACCCCCGCUACCGAUAUUCUCCAGAAGUUUGUCGGUGGACGAGGAUCGGACGUUUAUGGAGGUGUUUCUGAUCAAUCACUCAGAGUGUGAGUUGAAUUUGAGACCGGAUUUAGUUGGAGGGAGGUGCCACGCGGCUAAAUUGACGCCCAAUGGGAAACGGCAAGCUAGGGCUUUGGCUGUCUUGUUGAAUUCGCAAGGAGUCAGGUUUAACGCCGUUUAUACUUCGCCUUUGGAUCGGGCUAGAUCCAUGGCUGUCUCUGUUUGUCAGGAAAUGGGGUUUUCAGAGGAGCAGAUACAAUUGUCCGAUGCAAUCAUGGAGAUGAGCUUUGGGCAUUGGGAGGGAUCCCCAAGGUCAGAUAUAUAUACUCCGGAACUUUUGAACUUAAUAGAAAGAUACCAGCCUGAUUUUUCUCCACCUACUGGAGAGUCACUGAGGCAGGUAGAAUUUCGGAUGGUUCAAUUCUUGAAUGAGACAGUCCUGGGACUUGGUGAAAAAGUGAGGGUGGAUUUUUCGUUUCAUAAUCAUAAUGAGAGCCAAGGGUUUUCACAACACAACACACAUUCUUUAACUCAGUCGAUUAAUGAUGGAGAUGGAUUGUCUAUCCCUUCACCUCACUGGGAUUUGCUGCACAGGCCUAGGCAAGGUUUCUCAAGGAAGAAGUCUGGGAAAAGCAGGCUACAGUAUGUGACAACUACUGGUGAUCAUGAGGUUGAUGAUGAGAUUUCCCCUCGAGAAUCCAAUCACCAGAAUGACCUCCAAGAUUUAAGUGUCAGGAGUUCUUCCUCUGCUGUGACUUCUUGUGUCGGUGUUUUCAGUCAUUCAGUGCCAAUUAAGUGUCUCCUUACUGGCAUUCUUGGAUGCAGUCCAGUAAUGGCGCAUAAAAUCUGCAUAGAUGAUUCUUCAGUGACAGUGUUGCAACAUUCAUGGAGAACCGGUUGGCAGGUAAAAAGGUUAAAUGAUACUGCACAUUUGAGGCUACUCUAAUUAAAGAACUCUAGUGUACCAUUGUGGAAUAUGCUCCCAAGAAAGUAAACAUUGUGCGCUUGAAGUUUCGUUGUUAUUAUUGAUGGAUCAGAUUCAUAUGCUUCAGUUCACGGGUUUUCACAUGAAUGGGUGAUACUUCUGCUAGUUGUUGUAGUUUUUAAUAGAUUUAUUUCCAGAUUGACCAACUCCAAAGUAAAAAAGGUUUCAUUUGGCUGUUGGAUCUUUGUAUUGGUGAUUCUUUUGAUUGUAGUAUUUACCACAGCUGUUAUAAUUGAGUGAAACGUUUUGUAUUUCCUUUAUUUGGGAAUCGUGUUUUCGAAUUCAACAAAUUGAUGAGCUUGUAUCUCUUUGUGAUUUAUAGAAAUCAAACCCCAAUUCUUCGAGCAUAAUUGUGAUAUGCCAUCUCACUAUUACCUGUUCUUUUACUUGGUUCUUCAAAUGGGAAUUUCUGUGCUUGGAUUGCCAUGUUUCUAAGUGGAGUCUGUAUUUUUUUUCUAUUCUGGAAAUAGGAGUAAAAGUACUUUGAGAAGGAUAGAUGGCCCAGUACUUCCCUACAUCUCCAACUGCUGUCUAUAAAAAUUAACCAAACAUUUACAGUUUAUUUGACAGAAGCUGGGGAAGUAGGGACCAGGAAGAGAGAGGAGUGCAAUUUGCCCCUUUUAUAAAAUUAAGUCUUUCAACAGGUAUAGAAGCUGGGAAUGCGGCAAGUGCAUGUGAAAAAACCAUAAUAUGGAUGCGUUUCUUGUGCUGUUCAUUUACCCCUUGUCACGUAGAAAAGAAUCUUUUGUUCCCUGAGACAACACGAGACGAAUCAGGAGAUUUGAAAGAUCUUAAUAAAUAUGGCCUAAUAGCCGUGCAGGAGUGAAACUGCUACUGUCUUUCCCGUGAUAUCCAACAAGAAAACAAAAAAAACCCAACCCCACUCCUUGAUCCUUUAUCAAUUCCAUCACUAUAUAUGUAUAUGGAUCUGAUAAAAUUGUCUGAAUAUCCAUGGCUACUCUCACUAGAUUUUCUGCUGUUGUGUUCACAGUUUCUAUCCUCGUUCAUCUGCAUUUUGGAUGUUCAACUAGCAAGGCAAUGAUUUCGGCUUCUCCAGCAGUUCUGCCUUAUGAUACUGCACCAAAUAUGUCUUCCUUCUUCCCUCGGUCGAGUCCUGCGGCCACUCCAAAGUCAGAGCAAUCUGCACCAAUUCCCAGUUCAGGCGAAUUCAUAGGAAAGAGUUCCUCCAGUGUAGCUAAGUGUGAUGAUAGCUCUGUCAUAUUUGGUGUGAAACUUUGGAUUUUGUAUGUUCUGUAUUCAGUUCUCUUUUGAGCACAUUGAAAGUCUCUAAAUGUUCUGUUUUAUUUGCAGAGCUUGUAACCUGAUAAUUACAUAGUGAUUAUUUCCCUUCUUUUUUAUUUA